AUGUCGAAAGAAUUGGAUGGUGACGAGCCGGUGGCCAGUAUUCCAAACGGAAGAAUUGAAGUCCAGGAUGCAACCAAUUUGUUAUCCCUGGCAUCAGAAAGUGCAUCAAUAAUAACUGAUUCAAUCACUCCUUUCAUUCCGUUGAUGUACCUUUCGGAAAUUGAAGGUGGUAUAGCGGAUCAAGUAUCUGGAAUAAACGCUAAAUUGGAUGAUAUCACGCAAUGGAAUAUUGCUUGGCAAAAUAGAUUACUUUCAAACAAUGAAGAAAUACUUGCGGCAGCCACUAUCCCAAUUUCAGAGAUCCAUGACCCUCCAGAUCAUGUAAGACGAGGCACAAACAUUUGCAAGAAGAUUCGCAAAGGAGAGGAGAUAGCAAUUAAAAAAAGAGUUUUCGGGCAGGAAGAAAAGAAAUGGAUGGCCCCCGAGAAAUUAAGGGAUCAUGCGAAUAAUCCAUACACUGUUAAAUGCGAGAUUUAUAGCUUUGGAAUGCUUCUGUGGGAGAUUGCAGAAGAAAAGCUGCCUUUUCAUGAAUAUUAUGACAUUGUUCAAAUUCGCAAUUUGGUCGUCGAACAAAGGAAUGGUCGAGAAUUGCACAUCAGGGAUAGCCCAAAUGCGAGGCCUCUGCUCAAAGACAUGUUUAUGACAUUGAAUGGUAUUUAUCAAUCUCUCCAACCAAAGAAAUCUCCGUCACAAACGCCAAAGAUUUCUCCUGCAUUUAGUGAUUUGCCCAAUGAUGAUGACGACCUUUCCUUAUCAUUGGACAUGACAGACUUUGAUAUUUGUACAAUGAGCGUUAGGGAAGCAAUCUCUGAACAUAAGAAAAAGAAUGGUGACAAAUUAAAAGCUUGGAAGGCAUUUAGCAGACAUGCGGAAUUUGGCGAUACAUUAGCGAGAUAUUGGAAGGGAUAUUAUCUAUACUAUGAUCUAUGUCCGAUAGAAGAUCCGUCGAACCAACGCUCGAAACAAGAACGUGUCAGACAAGCUGUCGAAUUAUUCAAGGAGGCCGCGGGCACUGGACUAGCCGAGAGCGUGAAGAGGGACAUCAAAGAGUCCAUCAAGUACUUUACAUGGGCUGCAGAGAAUGGUAACAGUACCGCCCUGUACAACAUAGGCAACAUAUAUUACAACGGUAUUGGGGCUACAAAAGAUGAGGAGAAGGGAAUUCGAUAUCUGAGGUUAGCGGCUUUAUUAGGUCAGCCAAAAGCCUUGGCAAUGUGCAAAGCAAAGGGAAUAACAUUAGUUUGA